CACUCACUUUCAAUUCAAACAGACACACCAGUAGUAGCAGUGUUUCUUAAACUCUAUAAAUUACUAUUCUCUUCCUCAAGUGGUGUACUAUUAUUAGAAACAAAAAUAGAAAUGGAAAUGGAAAUGGUGGAGGUCUCAACAACAUCGUCAUCAUCAGCUGUUGUUGUUGUAGUAGUAUUAUUAGUCAUAAUUAGUGUGACAUGGUGGUUUUACAGAGUAGUGAAUUGGGUGUGGUUGAGGCCUAAAAGGCUUGAAAAGUGCCUCAGAAAACAAGGCCUUCGGGGGAACCCUUACAGGCUUCUGUACGGAGACCUGAAAGAUAGCUCUAUAAUGAUCAGCCAAGCCAGGUCCAAACCCAUCAAUCUCUCAGACGACGUCGUUCCUCGGAUAUUACCUUUUCCUCAUCACACAAUCAACAAUUAUGGUAAAGAUUCAUUUAUGUGGAUUGGACCAAUACCAAGAGUUCACAUCACAAACCCGGAAUAUUUGAAAGAUAUUUUUAUGAAAAUCGGCGAUUUCCCAAAACCACAUUCCAAUCGACUUUUUCAGUUUCUAGCUACGGGUCUAGCAGAUUAUGAUGGCCACAAAUGGGCCAAACAUCGGAAAAUUAUCAAUCCCGCUUUCCACGUCGAGAAGUUAAAGGAUAUGGUGCCAGCAUUUUAUCUAAGCUGCAGUGAAAUGUUGAAGAAAUGGGAGCAAUUAAUGGAUGGAAGUGGGAAAGAAUGUUGUGAGGUAGACGUGUGGCCUUACCUUGAAAAUAUGACUGGAGACGUCAUUUCUCGAACUGCUUUUGGGAGUAGCUACGAAGAAGCUCGAUCCCUUUUCCAACUCCAGAGAGAGCAAGCUCAACUUGUUGGGAAAGCCAUGCAGUCUGUUUAUGUUCCUGGAUGGAGGUACAUGUAUAUCAUACACAUACAUAUAUAUAUAGGACACUCUCACAGAUUUGUGCCAACAAAGAUGAACAAGAAGAUGAAACAAAUCGACAGUCAAGUACGAACUCUUUUGAAGGACUUGAUCAAUAAGAGAGAGAUUGCGAUGAAAGCCGGAGAAGCUCCCAACGAUGACUUGUUAGGCAUACUCAUGGAGUCCAAUUUCAAAGAGAUUCAGGAACAUGGGAACAACAAGAACGUUGGACUGAGUAUUAGCGAUGUCAUUGAGGAAUGUAAGCUCUUUUACUUUGCUGGCCAAGAGACCACAUCGGUCUUACUCGUUUGGACUAUGGUCAUGUUAAGUAGGUUUCCUCAUUGGCAAGCUCGCGCUAGAGAUGAGGUUUUGCAAGUCUUUGGCGAUAACACUACUCCGGACUAUGACGGCCUAGCACGCCUCAAAGUUGUUACUAUGAUUUUUUACGAAGUUCUAAGGCAUUAUCCACCCGUAGUUUUGCUGGUUCGAACUGUUGACAAGCAAACACAGCUUGGAAAUUUGUCACUGCCAGCAGGGGUACAAGUGUCAUUACCCACCAUCCUUGUCCACCAUGAUACCGAGCUGUGGGGAGAAGAUGCCAAGGAGUUCAAGCCGGAGAGGUUCGCAGAAGGAGUUUCCAAGGCCACCAAAGGCCAGGUUUCCUUCUUGCCCUUCGGCUGGGGGCCUCGCAUUUGCAUCGGCCAAAACUUUGCCUUGGCAGAAGCCAAAAUGGCCAUGGCCUUGAUUCUACGACGCUUCACUUUUGAGCUCUCACCUUCCUAUACUCAUGCUCCUGCAACCGUUGUUACCCUUCAGCCACAAUAUGGUGCUCACCUAAUUCUACAUAAAUUAACGUAAUUAGUUGUACCUCUAUCCUGUAUAUAUGCAUAUACAGGAUAUGUUUAUGAAUAUGUAUAUGUAUAUAUAUAUAUAUGUGUGUGUGUUUAUACUGCUAGCUUUGUAUAGCUUGAUGCUACUAGACAACACAUAAAAAGUUGCUUGAAAAUUAAUAAUGAGAAUAGCAUUUACAUUUUUACUCA